AUGAAUUUUGUAACAGUACCAUGUGUUGAAAACUCAGACAGAGACUUACAGGAAGUAAGGAAGAUGGAAGAAAGGCAUGGAAAUCUCCUCCUGGACCAUUAUUCUACAUCUGCUUUACCAGCUGAAAAAGACAAGGAAUUUUUUGAAGAUAAGCUAUCUUCCAGUGCAACAGCUCUUGAUAAUUUGCACAACCAAAUGAAGACGUCGUCUUUGAGAUUUGAGUCUUCAGAGGAAAUUGUUGGAAAUUGCAAAAGAGAGUUGAAAGAACACAGCAUUGAAAAAGAGGAGAGGGAGAAAUAUUUCAGAGAUGAACAGUGCAAAACUACCAAUGUCAUUGAGGAAAAAGAUGCUAUGAUCAAGCAUUUGGAAGCAACUGUAUUUGCUACCAGAUUGGAUAUGGAGAGCUUAAACUCAAAGAUGGAAGAGUUACAUGUUGGUUUGAAAUUUAAGGAGGACAACAUUCAAGUUUGAGAAUCUCAGAAGAGAUGUAGGAGAAAGAAAAGACUGAUCUAAAAUAUGUGUAAGUGACAUUGAAUGAAUUGGCAAAAAAAAAAUGUGGAUAUCCCUCACGAGGAUGGAGGACAAGGUGAGGAUGAGGGACACGAAGAAGAGUUGGGAAGAGAUGUAGAUGAUGAUGAUGAGGGAGACGAAGAAGAGUUGGGAACAGAAGAUGUUAAAGACGGAGAUGAAUUUUCUAAGGAGCCUUGACCUUGGCCUUUUCAUUGUUUUACUAUGCUUAGACUAAAUUGAUAGUUGAAUAUGUUAUGGGUUUUGUGGUUGUCCCAAUUUAUUUAUGAACACUUUUUGCUUACUUUUGGGAGUUUAGUAUGAUAUGUUUUGUGUAUAAAAAAAUUCUUAUGGUUGGUGUUUUGGUGAAUAUGACCUCACCAGGUUGUUUAUUGUUUGAAAUAUGGUAGUAUAUUGCCUUUUUCUUUA